AUGCAAAGCGCUGGCGCGCGCGCGCGCGGACGUUCGCUUACGAGCUUUUGGUGUGGGGCGCGAAGAAAGCGGUCGUUUGUUCGCUCCGACCUUGUGGAGAUCCCUCUCUCUCUCUCUCUGUCUCUCUUACUAUCGCUACUCAUUUUGCUACUUUACUUGACUCCACUAGUCCAAGAAAUAUUUUUGUGUGGGAAAAUGCGGUAG